AUGCAGCACGCCAAGGCACUUGCAAUUCUGGAAGUAAAAGAUGGCGUAAUUCAGCGGUUGGAACAAGAGGUAAAUGCCGCUGAAGUGGAAAUCAGCCAUUACGAAGAAGGUGCAGAGCUGGCGGAAGCACGAGCUGCCGCGGCAUUGGCAACUGAGGCGACCGUGGCUGCGAUCGAACAUGAAACACGAUGCGUCGCUGAUGUGUAUGCGCUCAGCGACUGCCAAAUGCUGGCAGAUAUGGCUGCGCAAGCAGAGCGUCGGGCCCAAUAUGCAGCCAGCGAAAUCCGUGACCUUGAAGAAGAGAGCAGGGAAGCCGAACAUACUGUUGAGAAGCUAUCCAUAGAGAUGUUGCACAUGCAGUCGGCACAGCCAACUUCACGGCCUUCUGCCGCCGAAGUGGCGCGGUUGGAGGAGGCACUGGCUCAGUCCGAGGUCGCUCUUCAAAACGCGGAAGAGCAAGCCCAAGAAGCUCGACGACGUGAACUACAACUCCUUCAGCACGCGGGCACUGGUUCGGUGACGACAGAGAGUGGUACUGUUCGAGAGAGUCCAGGGCCCGGGCCCCAAUUCGACCAGAGUUUGGCGGCCGUGGAAAAGCAUCUCAAGGAGAUACUGGAGCGGCAUGAGGAAGAGAUGGCUUCUGUGGCCACUCGUCUUUGCGCUGAUUUUAGCACCGCAACAGCCGCCAGCGGCACUGAGCCCCCCCACCUUCGUUCUUCACAAAGCGUGCGCCAGAGACGGGCCAAGCCCAGACCGAGCUCGCGACCAGCACUCGAUUCAGCCCAAAAGCUCAUUGAGGAUCGAUUUGAAGAAGUUCAACAGCUUCGCAGUCAUUGCCAUGUGGUGGAGCAAGAUCUGGCACAAGCUACGCUACUCAGUCACCAUGCGACUGCAUCGCGAGACAAGGCUGAAUCAGACAGUCAAAGGGUGUCAUCUCAACUCCAGAGAGCGCGCCAAGAUUUUGCUGCAACAUUGUUGCAGCUGCAGGAGUCGCAGGCAUCAGAGGUGCAGAUUCUGGAAUCUGCAAGCCAAAAGUCCAAGUUGACAGGCGGUCGAGGCCCAGAGGAGGUGGCACGUGAAACAUCCGAGCUCAGAAAUUCGCUGCACACGUUGUGCCAGAAGUUGCAGCAGCAAUCGCAGAAAAGUGACCUCAGCAAGGACACCCACCGACCAGCAUGGCUUCAAGGCGUUGUAGACAUUGGAGGGCAGGUGCUGCUGGCAAUGGCAUCUCUUGGCGAGGUCAACCACAAACUGCAACUGGCAGAAAUGCAACUAAAGCUCCCAAGGCAAGCUGCGACAUCUGAGACCCACAAAACGAACACGUUGGCUGUCUCGGAUCUGGACGCGAAGAGACUACAAGAUCAGGCCGCCCAGGAUGCCGAUGUCCUGCGACUUCAAGCAGCUGCAUCAGAGCAAGCACUUCUUAGGGACGAAGCGACAUCUUUGCGAAACCAGCUUGAUUUUGCGGAAGGUUGCAAUUCAGUGCAUGCAAAGACAUGCAUGGAUUACGCGCGCGGCAUUCGGACAGGCACCGGAAACUGUAUCGACGAAGCCUAUCAUGCCGCAGCACCUGUGUUUAUUGAGCACGCCGAAGUAUCCCAGGAAUCUGUUGGACCUCUUUUGGUACGUAUUCUGGAAAGCUUAGCCAAUGCGCAACGCUGGGCUUUAGCCAGCGAGUUAGAAUCUGCCACGUGGAAGGAGUUGAUUCAGCAGAUUGCCGCUCGAGACAAAGCACUCGGGGAGCUUGCAUCUACCACUGCCCAGCCCAGAGCACCCGCAGUGUCUCCAGUGUCUCUAGUUUCUCCUUUCGUUGGGGAGCUCUGCCCAGCAAGUAUGGCAGACAGGUGCGUGGGACUCCUGGAAGCACAAUGUUCCAACAUAUCCAACCAGUGGCACCAUGCUGUAUCUAUGUGUUGCAAGUUGGAGAUGGAUCUGCGAUCCUUGGAUUCACAAACUCCGGCGAAAACGGAAGCUGCAUACAAAGAAGCUGCAGCUGCCAUGCUCCGACAGAAGAGUAUGUGGAACCAGGAGCUGUUGCAGAGAUGCAUCGCCUGGCUCUCGCGGUCGAAUGAUGUGUCCGACUGGCAGGCUAUGGCCGCAGUGCGGGAACUUGGACUGGAGCGUUCUUUGCGUGAUAUGGUGUCCUUGAGCCAGUCACUACGAGAGAAAAUUUGGAGUCUAGAAGCUGAGCAUGAGAGCCUCAGAGCCGCAUCCAGCUUUUGGAGGAAUUCAUCAGAUGGCGCAUCUAAGCUCGGGCGGCGAGACGGGCACUGGGGUCUCCAGCAGCACAUCGACUCACUGAAGUCCGAGUUGGGAUCAGCACGCCGGGAGCUCGGCGCUGUGAAGGAGCAGUUCGACACCAUCGUGACCAAGCUACAUGGACUGCCAGAUUCGAGCAACACCGAUGACGAAACUCCACCUCCAGCUGGCUCAGGCGGAAACGAGGAUGUGGCUCUCGCGCAAAUAUACCCUGCAUUGACUUCGAUUGCGCGGCAAUUGCAACAGUUUUGCCGCGAGACCGACACCCAAAGCAGAUCAGAUUCCUGUCACCUGAUCUUGGAAGAGUUGCGGCACACUCGGUCAUGGUGCAAGCAGGUGGAGCAAGAAUUACAGCAGCAAGCUGCCCUUUCGAAGCAACUGCUCGCCACUUCGGGCGGCGAGAUUUCCGCUUCUUAUCACAGAGCAUCAUCCCUGUCGACCGACUUGUCCGUUGCUGACUUGGAUCGCUCUCUGCCUAAUGGUGUUCUUAACCGGGUUGAGGCCAUCCUCAACAUGCAGCAGGACCUCCAAACAGGCUACCGAGCUGUCACGAGAGAACUUCAUGAGCUUCAGAACCAGAAGCAGGCGCAGGAGAAAGCAAUUGGACGGCUGCAAGGCCAAGUGCACCGGCGCAACCAGCGCCUGGAGCAGCUUGCCGGCCAGCUGGAAGCCAAAAGAGAGGCAGCGCAAACAGCGCAGGAGGAAGAGGUCCAGUAUGCUCAGCUGGAGAUGCAAGAAAGCUGCCAGUCAGAGCUGACUGAGCUCCAGCAGAUGCAUCGCAAGGAGGCCACUGCCGCAGCAUCCUUGCAAGGUAGUGCUCAGGAGGAGGAGGCUAUUGCUACCCGGAUGUCAGCCGAAGCAGCAUCAGCCAGAAAAGCCGAAGCGGUUGCCAGCAAUGAGGCCCAAGCGGCUUGGGCAGCUGUAGAAGCUACCCGCACUGAAAGUGAGGCGGUCAAUGGCAUGAGCCUCACUGCACGACGAUUGCAGUCCCUAUCUCAGGCACUGCAAAGGCAAGACGUCGGAUCUGGGCUGAGCGACCUGUCCCGCGAUCUGUCCAUGGUGUCAGCAGAGCUCCAUCAUCAAGUCGAGGCAUGCGCUGAAGCCCGGCAAGAGCUCAGAAGCAUUGAAGGGGAGCAGCUCGAGGCUGCAGAAUCUGAACAGAAAUCGGAGGUGAGAAGUCAGGAACUUCAGGAGCAAGUACGGUUGCUGAUGCUGGCCUCAAGUGCUGCCUGCGAGCUGAGAAAUGCACAAGCAAGCUUAGAGCACGGAGAGGAAGAGCUAGAAAGGAUCGGCGAACAGCUAGAGAUGAAGGCGUCAAGUUGCAAAGAAUUCCUUGAAGAGAGGAGUGCUGCGCAAAACCAAGCAGACAGCGAGGAACAGGCGUUGAGUCAGCUGCAGUCAGCAAGUCGUCGUUUGGAGUCACGGCUGCAGAGAGCAGAAGCCAGGCAACAUACGCAAGACCGACGAUACAAGCAGGAAAGAAGUGAGUGGAAGCAACAGCUCCGACAACUUCAGUCACAUGACUUAAAGCCCCGGAAAAGCAUUGGCAACUUUGCAGAGCCUGUCGCGGUGGCCUUCGAGCCGAUCACUGAAGUUAAUCGUGAGCAGCUGGAGUGCCAGCGCUUAAUGCAGCAGGAGCAUGGCCUGGAAGAGCAGGCGAGAGAUUUGCAGUCUCAGUUGGAAGCGACGAGGCGUCGCAGCCAAAUGCUUCUCAAGGAAUAUGAUACCGAAAGAUACCUGGCGAAGCGUGGCGAGGAAGUGCUCGCCACCGAGAUCGCAUCUGCAAGAGGUCGAGUCACUGCGAUGUCCUAUGAAUUAAGCCGCCUUCGUCAAGCCACGAGCGCUCCGCAAGGCAACCUGGACAUAUCCGCGUCAGCCGUGUCAGUCCCGUCAGGUCAGGCUAGUCGCGAGAGAGAGACUGCCGAGGCCUUCCGGGACGUGAGAAGUCGCUUGAAGAAGCUUCAGGGGUCUCUUUCGCAAGAACAGGAGCAAAGCCGGCAACUACGAGAUCGAGUCUCCCAGCUCAAGCAGCUGCAUGCUCAGCUUCGUGAACGCAUACGAGACGCAGAGCAGAGACUCCAAGUAAGCCGUGACGAUGUCGAGAGGAAGCGGGUGCUUGCCACCACUUUGCAAAAGCGUCGUCAGGAAUUUGCCGAGCAGUCGGCCCUGACAGAACAGCAAGAAGAGGAAAGCAGUAGAUCCCUCCAACAACUUCGGAGUGACGCUGUCAGAAAAGAUGCUGCCAUUAAGAACUUGCAGAAUGAGGUUGCAGCGGCACAGCAGGAGGAAGCAAAGGAAAUCAGUGGCAAAGACAAAGCCCUUCAAGAGAAUGUCAGAUCCAAAAUACAGGUCGAGCUGCAUCUCAAAGAACAGCAGCUGCACCAUGCGCGUACCAAAGCGCAGCUACUCAAGACACGCUUGGAUGCUGAGGUCCGGCGACAUGGUCGCAUCCGACGGGUCGGCAGGAGUGUGUCCAGCCAGCUUGAAGGACAACCGAGUCAGGAUGUAGGAAGCAACAGCUUCGGAGAUGAAUCUCCUUUGCCAGCUGGACAUGCGAGUGAGCCGGUGGUCGCUUUGCCCACUGGCAUGGACAGCAUGGAGUCUUUGAGAAGCUUUGGUCUCUCAGCUGACGACCUGUCCGGCAUCAUGCCUCAAGCAACACAUUCGUUAGACUCGUCAACGGCUGUUCGGGAGUCUUUGCAAAUAUUGAAUCUCGAGCCAGAGGAUCUAGCAGAGUUCCUGCAAGCAACAGAGCUUGCGCAAGCAGUUGAAGAAAGCAUCGCUGGGCACUGCGUAGGUAAGUUCGUUGCCAGCCGGCUGUAA